CCUUCGUUUUUUGCCCGACAGAUGAAAACAUCAGUGUUGGGUGUUAAUGCCGGGCUGAUCCUGCUACAAUCAACAAGAUGUUUGUCGUCUUACUGCCUGUUUCUUAUCAAUCCGUAUCAAACUGUUAGCGUUUACUGUAUCUGUAGGUAGACAAACCCCGUUUUGUAUUUCGAUACCUCUUUUGGAUCUCUAAUUCCCAGCAGAAGAAAAUGAAUGGCUUAUCCAUUAGUGAGUUGUGCGGCCUGUUCUGUUGCCCGCCAUGUCCGAGCCGGAUUGCAGCGAAGCUGGCCUUCCUGCCCCCGGAGCCCACCUACGCUCUUCUCCCAGACCUGGAGUCCACCUCAACUGUGACCUCUAAACUUGAAGCCUCAGGUUUGCGCUCCCGAUUGCCUGGAGGAGUGGCUGGAGGUGUGGCUGGAGGAGGAGAAGGAGAAGGAGAAGGAGGAGGAGGGGGUUUUGGUGACAGAAGUGGAGAAGGCCGAUGGAAGCUGCAGCUCUCUGAGCGAGCAGAGUUCCAGUACUCCCAGAGAGAGCUGGAUGGAACCGAGGUCUUCCUCACUCCCUCCAGCCGUGGCAACAGAGUCGGAUGCAUGUACAUCCGCUGUGCCCCAUCCGCAAGGUACACUGUGCUCUUUUCUCACGGGAACGCUGUGGAUCUCGGUCAGAUGAGCAGCUUCUACAUCGGGCUGGGCACUCGUAUCAACUGCAACAUCUUCUCUUAUGAUUACUCUGGUUAUGGGGUCAGUACAGGGAAGCCCUCCGAGAAGAAUCUGUAUGCAGACAUAGAUGCUGCGUGGCACGCUAUGCGCUCAAGGUAUGGCAUCUGCCCUGAGAAUAUAAUCCUUUAUGGGCAGAGCAUUGGUACCGUGCCCACCGUGGACCUGGCGUCCCGUUAUGAGUGUGCUGCUGUGGUCCUUCACUCCCCCCUCACCUCCGGGAUGAGGGUGGCUUUCCCUGACACCAAGAAGACGUACUGCUUUGACGCCUUCCCAAACAUUGAGAAGGUGUCUAAAAUCACAUCUCCGGUGCUGAUCAUCCACGGGACGGAGGAUGAAGUGAUUGAUUUCUCUCAUGGUCUGGCCCUGUUUGAGCGCUGCCCGAAGGCUGUGGAGCCGUUGUGGGUGGAAGGAGCCGGGCACAACGACAUCGAGCUCUACAGCCAGUAUCUGGAACGCCUGCGCCGGUUCAUCAGCCAGGAAGUGGCUGCACAGUAAAUGCACCCUUCAUUACGCUCAUGGCAACAAAUCGUCGACGUAUAUGGAGAGCAAACAAACAGGAUCUGCUUCUGGAGGGUUCGUUCUUCUCUAAACGUUAAACUUUUAUGUUUCUAUCAGCCUGGAGCUGAGUUUUCUACUGAGAAGACCACUAUACUUCACACCCAAAAGAUCUGAAUGUGUGAGCGUCCGCGUCGGUCUCAGGACCUCAGUUCGUCUGAGGCUUUCACAGCUGAUUUGGCUUGUGAUUUCUGUGACCAGGAAAAAUGAAAUGUCUUUUGAACAGGACUGAUAUCUAAUAUCUUUAUGAAGCUGUUGUGGGUGUUUAUGUUCUUUCUCUUUUGUUAGUUCUCCAUGGUAUGCAUAAGACCAGUCUGUUUUAAAAUACACCAUCAUCACCUUUUUUUAGGAGCAGACAAUUUUAGGACAAUCUGCUGGACAGAUUGUGUGUGUGUGUGUGUGUGUGUGUGUGUGUUCAAUAUUUUUUAGACCAUCUGCUGUGUGUGUGAAUGUUGUUUUCUGAUGAACUGAUCUUCAUCAGGCAUCUCGAGAUACACUACCAGUCAAAAGUUUGGACACACUGAGUUUGAUUUUCAUGAUCUUAAAAACCUUUUGAUCUAAAGUCUUCUGCUUAAAUGCUUGAUGCAUUGUGCCUACUUACGAAUUUCUUUCCAAAGCUAAAAUCUUAAUGAAUCUUCUUUUUUUUUUUUAAAUGGACAUGUCAGACCAGUGAAGCAACCAGUCCUGUUGAUAAUAUGAAACUGUCCAGUAUACAUCUAAAUGUCUUCAAUAGAGUUUAAAAACUGUCCCAGGAUGCUUUCAUGAAGUUGACGAAUGUCCAAAGCUGGAAUCUAGACAAAGAAGGAGCUCAGUCAUAAGAUUUUUUAAUUUUAUUAUUAUUAUUUUUUUUGUAAUUUUGUAAUUUCUGUAUUAUAUUUUCUUUUUUUUAUUAUUAUUCUAAUAAAAUAGUCAUAACAAAAAUAUGAAUAGAUGUUUCCAAACUUUUGACUAGUAGUGUAGGUCCAUACCAGUUUUGUUUUUCCAGAUUCUACAUUUUUCUUUUUGCAUUUUUCCCUUUGCUUCCCUGUCAUUUAAAAAAAAAAAAAGGAGUUUGGGACCCAAACACUGUUUUUAAGGAUGUGGGUAGAGCUGUACUGAUACAAUAUGAAUAUCUGGAAAAAUACACUGCCAUUCAAAGUUUGGGAUCUGAGGAUUUAGUUUUAUUUUUUUUAAAGAAAUGAAUGGUUUUAUUCAGCAAGCUUUUACUGUGUUGACUGUACUGUGUACCUUAUACAUGUAGAUCAAAACAGACUUCUUUCAAAAACAAAAAGUCUUACUCACCCCAAACUUUUGAAUAGUAGUCUAUCAAGAUGUUUUCCUUGCGAUUAUUGUGUUGAUCUUUCUAUAAUUUUUAUUUAUUUAUUAUUCAUGUAUUAAUUUAUAUGUUUAAGAAGAAACAGAUUGUCUGUAUAAGCAAAAACUCUAAAACCAGAGCUGCUUCCAUGAGACAAAAGUGAAGUAAACCGUGUGGGAGAGAUGAAAACUCUUCCCUGGUCCAGUUGAUAUGAUAUUGUGAUUGUGAUGCAUCAGUGUAUAGAGUUGUGAAAUCUGUAUCACAAUCAAGUAGUUGGCAUGUCCAGCCUCUAAAAUGGGGACUGAAUUUGUAAAUAUUUCCCCACUUUUGCCCGACACACUGAAUUGUGGAGGAGGUUAACAGCCGUGAUUCUCCCCCACUGUGAGCACCUGACCUGAACGACAGGAAACCUCACGCUACACCCACAACAUCACACGUUCUUCCCGCAUUCACUUCUCUUAGCUUGUGCAUGUUGAUGUAAUGAUGUGUAAAUGAACUCUGACGCCAGACUGAUGUGUGAUUGACAGUUUUCUGAGCCGUCUUAGAAUGGGGUCGUGACCUCCAUCCACUGCUGACCUCUUGUCUGUGUUUACGUCUGCGAGAGGAAGAACCCUGAAAGGUUUUUUUUAAUAUUACUGCAUGCCAGCUCAUCAAAUCACAUUACUGUCAUUUUUGCAGCUGAGCUAUUUAUAGUGGCCACUUCUCUCACAAACAUGCCUCGCUGUAUAAGACAUGCUCUCAUGUGGUCAAUGGAUGUUUAACAUGAACUUCCAGAUCUAUUUUUAUAAGGUUAAGUCUUUGCUAUAAUAUGAAGAAACCUUUACUGUUUAAGAGCCAUUUUUAAAGGGAUAGGUGUGUCUUUGUAGCCUAGACAUGUAGUUUGUUUUAUUUAUUUUUUUUGGACUUAAAGUGAUAGUUCACCUAAAAAUGAAAAUCUGACUUCAUUUCUUCCAUGGACCAUAAACUGGUCAUUUUUGAAUAUUAUAAACCAUAUAGUGACCAACAGCUUUCAAGCUAAGAGAUGAUGAUGAUGAUGAUGAAUUAGUGAAUAACCACUCAAAAAUGAAAAUUUCAUUAUUUACUUGUUUAAACUUUUAUGACUUCUGCAAAGCACAAAAGAAGAUAUUUAGAGAAAUGUUGGUAAGCUUUCAUUGUCCAAACAAUGGAAGUCAAUGAUUACCAACAUUCUUUAAAAUCUCUUUUUAUAUUCCACAGAAGAAAGUCAUGCAUGUUUUGAGCGACAUCAGGAUGUUUAACGAUUGAAUUGUUAUUUUUCGGGGGUCUGUAUCUUUACAUUUAGUAUUUAUCAUGCAAAUCAAUUGAACAGCUUAUGGUUAUGAUACUUUAAUUGUGUCUGUUUUUUGUUAGGGUCUUGGAAGCAUCUGGUCACUAUAUGGUUUCUUUUGAUCAAAAAGCAGAGUUUUUACGUGAACUAUUUCUUUAACAUCUUGUUUGCUGUAUUCCUCUCUUAAAGUCACUCAGUUGUUUUUUUUCCUGGUGUCUGUAAUUCUUAAAGCGGUUUUUAAGACUUUGAGAUUUUUAAGACCUCAACUCUUGUAAAAAGCAGUGUGUACUCAGGAACAUUUUCAUUUGUUUGACUGACAAUAUACUGCAUCUUUGUCCUCAAAUGCUGCCAGUAAAACAAAACCUGCUUUACAUUGAUCUUAGGAACCACAGACUGCAGGAAAAAUCAUUUUUCAUCCUGACGUGUGUCAUAAUGAGCAUAGCAAACUUGGGGUUAAAGCAGGUGUGUGCCACUUUCAGUAUGCAUGUAAUAGAUAAGAUAUGAAAAGAAAACGGACUAAUUAUAGUGUGAUAAUUUCAGUGUAUAUUAUAUGACUUUCCGAGAUUAAGUAGUACAUGUUAGCCUAAUAUAUGAAAAGGAUGUUAGGAUUUUUAUUAUUAUUUGCUUGAAAAGGGUUAGUAUUCACAUCUCUGAACAACCGAGCAAUAAUCUCAAAACCUUUGACUGCGAGAGCUGGAUAGAUUAUCAGACUCUCACAAAACUCCUCAUGAUGAUUGUUUGAAGAGUUUGCCCUUUCGGUGACACAGCACAACCUUAUCAGAGAACUCUAAAAUACUCUAUGACAACUCACAAUUUUUGUAUAGCGAUUAUAAAGCUAAUUUGCAGUAUUACUAGUCACACUCAGUCACAUACUCUUUUUCGAGAUUUGCAAGGAAUGAGUGUAUAUUACCAGGUACAUGUGUGUAUAAAGAGGUGAUGUAAGAUGCUUUGUGUGUGUUGGCUAAUGCUUUCAUUUUUUAGCUGGAAGAUGUGAUGUACUGUGGUUGAGUAAUAAAGGAAAGCUGUAAAGUCA